AUGAUGAAACACCAACAGUUCAAAGGUCUCAUCAAUUACAAGCCUUCAGCAUCAGAGAACCUUCAAACAACGACGACGACGUCCACCACCUCCACCACAACGAAUGAAGACAACAAACAACGUAUUGAGUUUGUUCACCACAAGCUCAACAAACAUCUUUUGCAACAGGAUGAUCUUGUUCUCAUCAUUGUUCCAGAGGAAUUUGAGAUUUUGCAAGUGAUUGAUCCCAUGCUUCAUGGCAAGGUUGGACAUAUUGCCAGUCUCAGUAAUGAGGAUGAUGAUGAAACGGUUCAAGUCUCAUUGGGCUCAAAUUCCUUGAGAAGGCCAACCACGAAUGGUGAUCACCAUGGAAUGAUGACCUUCUCUUCUUCAUCGUCUUUAUCGGGUACCCGAUCCACUCCAAUAGUUACUGUACCCAAAUUUUGUGUUUGUUUGAAGGCUGAUGUUUUCAAUGAGAGAAAGGAGAAGUUUAUGAGUCAGAGAAGAACGAACAGCAGUCAUGAACACUACUCGGCUAGUAUUAAUGUGCAACACAAACAUCACCAUCAUCAUCAUCAACGAACCAUGAUGAAUCAAUCUUCUUCCCCUUCGGUUUCAACAGAUGAUCUUUCCCAAAACACCGUCACCACCACUGCCACCACCAUAUCAAUGGUUUCAUCUCGAACUUCGAGUGAUUCCACAUCCUCUUCUUCCUCAUCACCCACCACCACCACUCAAACACCCAUGUAUUCAUUGGGACCAAAAAUUCAAUUCAAUCUUCAAAACAGACAAAAGAGAGGAACAAGCUCUGCAACCACUCCCGUUUUCAAUCAUUCUCCCAGUUCAUCUUUUCUUCACUCUUCAACAACAACGAUAGGUGCUGUUGGUCAAACGUCAUCAUCAUCAUCAUCGACGACGACACAUCGAAGAUUGUCUUCUGCCACCUCCAAUUUAUCAUCAUGCUUUCAUCAUUCACCAAGUAUCUAUUCUUCUCCUAACAAACCACUGAAACAAACCUCUCCAAAAAGGUCAGCUUUAAAACAACCACAAUUUUUCAUGGACGAAAGUGAUGAUUGCAAAGGAUUGGCUGGCUCUGUUCCAAAGUUUAUUAACAGCUACAUGUUGACAGAUACCGAAAUUCCCAAUGUUUAUUCUGCCGACAUUCCUAACCAUCAAGAUAACAAAGCUAAUAGGGACGAUAUGGAUUUGGAUUCUUUAAACGAAAUUAUUGGUACUACUGUUUUUACUCACAAGAGAGAACGAGUAUCGUAA